CCCAUCCCGUCCCGUCCCGUCCCGCCCCUGUCCCCCCGUGCCGGUGACGUGGUGCCGGGCCGUCUCCCCCUGCCGCAGCAAUGUGGCUGGUGUUGGCGGCGCUGCUGGCGGCGGCGGGGGCUCAGUACGAGCGGUACAGCUUCCGCAGCUUCCCUCGGGACGAGCUGAUGCCGCUCGAGUCCGCCUAUCGCUACGGCCUGGACCAGUACAGCACCGAGAACUGGCCCGAGAGCGUCAACUACCUGGAGGUGAGCAUGCGGCUCUACCGCCUGCUCCGCGACAGCGAGGCCUUCUGCCACCGCAACUGCAGCGCCGCCGGGCCGCCCCCCGGCGCCGGGGGGGAGCUGGCCGAGCUGCGGCUGCUGGCCGGCGUGCUGCGGCGGGCGCAGUGCUUGCGGCGCUGCAAGCAAGGGCUGCCCGCCUUCCGCCAGGCCCAGCCCGGCCGCGGCCUGCUUGAGGAGUUCCAGCGCCGAGAGCCCUACAAGUACCUGCAGUUCGCCUACUUCAAGGCUAAUAACCUUCCAAAAGCUAUUGCAGCAGCUCAUACAUUUCUUCUGAAGCAUCCAGAUGAUGAAAUGAUGCAAAGAAAUAUGGCAUACUACAAGAGCAUGCCUGAUGCUGAGGAGCAUAUUAAAGACUUGGAGACAAAGCCUUAUGAGAAUCUCUUUGUCAGGGCUGUGAGAGCAUACAAUGGUGACAACUGGAGAACAUCAGUCUCAGAUAUGGAACUUGCUCUUCCUGAUUUCUUCAAAGCCUACGAUGACUGUAUAGCAGCCUGUGAAGGCUCCCGAGAGAUCAAAGAUUUUAAAGACUUCUAUCUCUCUAUUGCAGAUCAUUAUAUUGAAGUCCUUGCAUGCAAAGUGCAGUGUGAGAGUAAUCUGACACCCAUUAUAGGAGGCUUUGUUGUCGAGAAAUUUGUGGCCACCAUGUACCAUUACUUACAAUUUGCAUAUUAUAAAUUGAAUGACAUGAAGAAUGCAGCCUCUUGUGCUGCUAGUUACCUUCUGUUUGACCAGAAAGACGAAGUAAUGAAACAGAACAUGGUCUAUUAUCAGUACCACAAAGACAAAUGGGGACUUCAAGAAGAGGAUUUUCAGCCCAGAUCGGAUGCAGUUCGAUAUCAAAACAUAACCACACUCCAGUUGGAAAUGUAUGAAUUCGCAAAGGAACAUCUAAUGGAUGAUGAUGAGCUGGUGAAAGAAAAGUUGGUGCUGGACCAUCAGUCUCAAGCGAGCCAUAACUGAGCCAGGGUGAAGUUGUGGAAUUCCUUGAUGAUCUGUUAGAAUUGGAGGAAAACAAUGAAUCCUGAUGAGUGAAGCCACCAUUAAGUAUUUUACAAAAGUGAAGACUCACCAUUGCAUCUUACUGUUGGUUUUGGUCACUCGUAGUUCCAGAUGGAUAUACCUCAAAGCUGUUCCUGUAAGCUCCAGAACACAUCACAAGAUCCACUCCUGAAAUAUCACUUCUAUGCUGCACUGACGCUUUAGUGAGCAUGGAUUUUCACUGUGCAUUUACAGAAUUGGUGCAUAUGAGUUUUUCUCUUGAUUUUUUUUUCCUUUACAAACACAACAAAACUGACUAUUCUUAUUUUCCGGGUUAACACUAAUAUUCCUUGUUUCAGUGCUGUUCUACUACAUUGUAGCAGAACAGAUAAAUUCCAAAGAACUUUUUUCAGAUUAUGAACCAAGGAUAAUCUAACAGUUCCUCAAGACUUUCUGAGCUUUUUAUUGUUUUAUUUAUAUAUGACCUUUUCCAUUAUGAUUAAUAAAGUGAUACAGAAUCCCAAUGCAUCUGAAAGAUGUUAAGAUAACAAAUGAGAACUUUUAAGUAGCUGAAACAAUCAACAAUGGACAACUAGUGAUCUUGUAAAGAAAAUGCUUUAAGAAUUCUAUAAGCAGUUUUUAUCUUUCUUAAAAACUAAAUUAAAUUCAAUGUUAAAGUAAGGUCACUUAGAAUUGAAUAAUAAAUAAUUCCUCCUUCCUACCAGUUCUUAGUCUUUCUGUUGAAACUAGUUGUGGUUCCUGUGUGAGAUGAGGCCAAUCUUGUAUAAGAUAACGAUGGUUUAUGUAUUCAUUAUUCUCUUUUGGAGAAAGAAGUUUGAUUUUUUUUUUUUAUUCUGAUGGAACUAUUUUUCAUUUAAAAAGAAGUGCAUGUGGAAACUGAGUCAAUUUUAGGUGGAAUCAUAAAAAAAUACUUGCAUGUGAA